UGACACACAACCUUCCGCAUUACAACAGAUCUGCCGUAGCUGAAGGGUAACGUUACUGACGGUUUAAUCAGAGAAAACAAGACUCUCUCUGUAAAUAGACAGCUAUACAAACAUUUCAUUAUAACAAAACAGUUGUUAUUAUUGCUAAUAUUUUAAUGGAAAACCGACUGAUUUGAAUGGAUUACCCUUUUUUCGACGGAAACAACCCCGCAGUACCGCUGACAGCGCUGUGUGCGCGUCCCAAUAGGAAAUUUGACUCCGGGCUUCGGGAGGAGUUCUUUCUCAGCGGAGCUCCAUCUUUCAGGCAGUCAUCCGAUCUGUCGGCGGAGUCGAAUGGUGGUCGAGUAACAGUGGAAAUUUUUUGGGACACGGAAAUUUCCAAGAAGGCAGACCGAGAACAUGGCUGUGUUCAGCUCACAGGUGCUGUUUGCCGUGGCAAGAUCAAGGGGAUCCUACUUGCUCACCAAGAGGCAUAGUUAUGUCACUCUCCCCCGUACGGCCUGCAUCCGCUACCACCUGGAACACCCCGGACGGAACGCCCUACACGCGAGGAGCUCGAGGUCGACGCACCCUCAUUGUGCCCUUGGCCGCGUCAGGGCCGUUUGCGUCCCUGUCCGGCCCCUCCACACCUCCUGUACCUGGCUGCAGGAGGCCAAGGAGAAGACAGAUGAGGGUGACUCCUCACCAGCGGCGGAGGCCGCCUCGGACUCUCCGGCUCCCACCCCCGUCUCUCCCCCGGGCCCCACCCCCGCCCCCAAAGCUGCAGAGAAGGCGUUGGCACGGAAGACCCUGGGGCAGAGGGUGGUGGAGGAGCUGAAGCACUACUACCAUGGGUUCCGCCUCCUUGGCAUCGACACGAAGAUCGCCGGCAGGAUGGUGUGGGGGCUACUGCAUGGGCAGCAGCUCACCAGGAGAGAGAGGAGAAGGCUGAUGCGGACGUGCGCUGACCUGUUCCGCCUGGUCCCCUUCACGGUCUUCAUCAUUGUCCCCUUUAUGGAGUUCCUGCUUCCUGUCUUCCUCAAGCUCUUCCCUGAAAUGCUGCCCUCCACCUUUGAAACAGAAUCUAAGAAGGAGGAGAAGCAGAAGAAGGGACUGGCAGCCAAACUGGAGCUGGCCAAGUUCCUACAGGAGACCAUCGCCGAAAUGGCCCGGAGGAACAAGGCCCAGGUCGGAGACGAGACCCAGAAGUUCUCCACCUAUGUGCAGAAGGUGCGCCACACAGGUGAGCAGCCCACCACCAAAGACAUAGUGCAGUUCUCCAAGCUGUUCGAGGACGAGCUGACGCUGGAGCACCUGGAGCGCCCCCAGCUGGUGGCUCUGUGCAAGCUCCUGGAGCUGCAGCCCAUUGGCACCAACAACCUGCUGAGGUUCCAGCUGCUGCUGCAGCUUCGCACCAUCAAGGCGGAUGAUGAAAUGAUCACCAAGGAGGGAGUGGCCGCCAUGAGCGUGUCGGAGCUCCAGGCUGCCUGCAGGAGCCGAGGCAUGAGGUCGCUGGGUCUGACCACUGAUCAGCUCCGGCAGCAGCUGCAACAGUGGCUGGACUUGCACCUUAAGGAGAACGUGCCCCCGUCCCUGCUGCUGCUGUCCCGGGCCAUGUACCUGACAGACCUCACACCUAAACCACCUGUCAUCCCCCCUGUGCCCAAACUGGAGAAAGCACCCUCUACAGCCACCGUAAGCGAAGCCCCGACUCAAGGCAAGCCCAUGUUGGCAGCCCAGGACCUUCUGAAGGACCCUGCCCCUAUCAUUAAGGACAGGAAGGAAGAACUUCUGGAGAAGGCCUUCAUUUCAGACAUGCCAUCCACUGAAGCACAAAUAAUACACGCGAAAAAUGCUGAGAUGGCCCACGCAGCUAAGAAGAUGUCUGCCAAUGGGAUGUGAGGGGGUAGGAGAGUCGGGGUGGGACCAUCCUGUCCUGUCCUGGCCGAAGAGAAGACGGCAGGGAGCUCCUUUGAUUCACUGCACUGUUCCAUGCUGCUACUGAAAGAGACACACACUAAGGGUCAACCCCCCCCCCCCCCCCCCCCCCCCC